GUUAGUUCGGUCUAUUUUUUUCAGUUCAUAUGAAUAAUGCUCACCCUAGCCGUGGGCAAUCGAGCUUGUUUUAGGCCCUGUCGGGCAAGUGCGGCAGAGGAAGAAAUGGAGAAGUCGGACAAAAGCAACAAGUGCCGCAAGAGGAAGAUGAGCAAAUAUGAAACACCUUCUGUCAUGGACAAUACUGAAACCAUCUUUGCUCUCAUAUUAGCAACCCUCUGCAAUCAUGGAAACGGACCCAAUUCUCAGUCUUUUCUUAAAACAUACAUAAAUCAACUAUACGCCUCUCUCUUUUCAAAAUCCCUAAAUUCUAUUCCCCUUUACAUUCUCUCUUUGUUCCCCAUCCUUCUCAGUUCUAAGUUUCCAGACAUUGCGUGUCGGAGCGCAAAGAUUGUGGGGGCCGCUUCACUAUUGUCCUUGGAAAUGAAUGAACGAAUUUCUUUGGAUGGAGAAAUUGUGAAGGUUUUGGUAUCGGCUUUAGGGAGUUCCAGUAGGAGAGUUUCAAUGGCUGCAUGUAAUGCCCUUUUGGAUUUGUCCACCACUACCAUUGGAAGGCUGCGUUUAUUGGAGUUCUCUGCUCUGGAGAAGCUUAUUAUUAAAUUUCUUCAGGUUCCAUUAUCUUCAACCUUGAUUUUUUUGUGCAAUGAAGACAACAGAAGUGUAGCCUGUGCCAAGAUAGCAUUUAAAGAAGAUAGACACAUACUGUCAAUUCUUCAUGCUGCUUUAUCUCUAAUUAACACUUGCAACCUUGAGCGAUUGGAAAAGGUCCCAGGGAAUCUGUCUGAAACUUUCUUGCUAUUUUUGAAGAAGCUGUGGACAAAAGUACAUAGGCAAAUGCUACUUGGUGACCUUUUGAUAUUUAUUCCGGAUAGAAAAUUAUGUAUAAGCAAUAUCACUAUUAACAAUCUGGCAGAAGGCAUUUUUAGGCUUUCAAGUGGUGCCAAUCAAUUUGCUCCAUUGCCGUCUCUUUUGGUCAAAAGAAGGAUUUUUGGUUUGAGCGAGGAUAGUUUUGAAACUUUCAUGUUACACCACUGGGAGGCAUCACCAUUUAUUGUGAGAAGGCCCUCCACAUCUUUACUUGAGGAUGACAUUUUUAGUUCAUUCACAGAAUCUCUGAACUAUAAAGAAUUGUCUUAUUCAUUUAUCUCUCUUAUGCUUCAAAGUUUCAUUUCUUGUCUGCCUAUUGGUUCAGAUGAAUUAGACAUCUUAAAUUUCCUAGAGGAGGUAAGAAAUGAAUUGGGCUGCCCUAUAAUCUACCAGCAGGAUCUACGGGUGCUGAGAACGGAUAAACAAUCAAAAAGGGAGAAGCAUUUAUUUCAUGAGAAUUUAGAUCCAUUUUGCAUUAAGACUCGCAAAUUUUUCUCUAUUGAUGAUAUUAUGAAGUGUGAAGAAGCAUGCAAAGAGGGUUAUACAAUUGCUGUCAGAGGCAUGGAGUUUCGCUAUGCAAGUAUUGCAGCUGUGGCAGACACUUUAGCAUCUUUGUUUGGUCAACCUUCAGUAGGUGCAAAUUUGUAUGUGACACCACCUAAUUCUCAGGGAUUGGCUCGUCACUGUGAUGACCACUGCGUGUUUGUAUGCCAACUCUUUGGAAAUAAGCAAUGGACAGUUUUUUCUCAACCAAACUAUCAGCUACCUCGCUUGUAUGAUCCUCUUGAUAGCCAACAGUAUUUGGACUCUGAGAGUUCAUUGGCUGGUUGCAGAAAGUUCUUUCUAAGGGAAGGUGAUGUUUUAUAUGUCCCGAGAGGCUUUGCUCACGAGGCAUGUACAAAUGAUCAUGCGCCUGGUGAACUUGAAAAACCUUCCUUGCACAUCACAUUUGGAAUUGAGGUGGAACCUCUUUUUGAGUGGGCGGGAUUUGCACAUGUUGCACUUCAACGUUGGAACCAGAACGAGAAAGAGCCUGAUCAUGCUGUAAUUGAGCCAUUGUUUGGUCGCUGUAAUGUGAUUACGGUAAAUCUGUUGCAUGCUAUGAUUGAAUUACUUGGUGCUUCUGAUCCUACAUUUAGGAAGGCUUGCUUGGUUGGUGCGAUUCCUUUGCCAUUGGACAGGAAGGAUUGGCUUUAUUAUAACCAGAAAACCACUUUCAGUUAUCUGAUCAGUAAAAUUAGUACGGAAUCCAGGUUCUUGGAAGCCCUCAGGCUGGUGGAAGUGGCUAUUGGGAAGAAAGAUCCUUUUCAGGGGAUGAGGUGGCUUCAUCUUCUUAAUAAUGAGAAAGAAACCAUCCGAGGAUAUGGCUGGAAUACGUCUUUCACUGAAAUUGAAAAUUUGUUUCCAGUAUACAUUCAGCACCAAGACCUUGCAGAAGCCGCAUUCAUGCAAAUUAAAACUAAGUUCUGUGAUGAGAUAUCAUUUGAGGACGUGGUCGAUGGCUAUAAAAUGCUAUUUGAGAAGUAUAAGAAGGCACGAAAGCAAUAUAUGAAUGGAAUGCUUUCCCUGCAUUGUAGGUAAUUUUGUCCCCAUUGGUCAUCAUGUAAUAACUUUUUCUAUGAACAAAAACUAAAAAUUAGUAAAUUCUCUUUUUUUUCCUCU